AUGGCUUCUCAAAACUUAGAUCAGCUAGUCAAGGGAUCUUCAGCUUCAUCUGAUCCCCAAACGGCUUCUUCGUCUUCUUCACCUUCCGAUGCAUUGAAUGCUCCUCUCCCACAGUCGUCUCCCUCUCCGGAUUCCUCUUCUUCCCCGCCACAUCUCUCGACUCCGGAUCCGCUGUCAACUUUGCCCUCCUCCCCACCCCAGAUCUACUUGAAUCUCCUUAUCCUAGAAAGCUCUCUUCGGGCUCAAUAUCUGGCACUACGUGAACGUCGACGACAGAAUACCUUCUUCCUCCUCUUGCUCGCUUCGUGGAUUGCUUACUUCGCCUACGCGCUCUUCCUCCGCCCGAGAGAAGAUGGCCGCGGGGUGGGAGGCUCUGUCUAUUGGGUGGUGGAUAUGGGAGAGAAAGUUGCCCUGAUUGGAGGAGUCGUGACAGCGCUUCUGGGCUGGGGCACAGGGCAGUGGGAGCGCGGAGUACGCUGGCCACGGCGCUGGCUUGCCGUCGCCAACCGCGGCCUGCGUUGUAUGAACACCAAGAUCAUCAUCAUUCGCGGGUCUUGGUGGCAGGAAUUGCUCUCGUACCUGGCUUUUCUGUUUCCCUUUUCCGCUCCCUUUUCAUCAUCGCCCAGCGGGAAUUUCCAUUAUGUCGAACGUAAUCUGACCGAGAAACGCGGUGGUCGGCAGCACUACCAGCAAUAUUACAACGUGGACACCGAGUCGGGCCUAGUAGAGGAAGAUCUCAGUCCCGGGGGCGAUUACAUUCGACUUUUGCUUCUCCCCAAGUCGUUCUCGCCGGAAUUUCGUGAAAACUGGGAUGAUUAUCGCACGGAUUUUUGGGAUAAAGAAAAUGAAAGACGCGCCCAGCUUCGGCAGGAACUACGGGAACGAGAGCGCCAGGUGGCCCAGCAUGAUGGCAGCUGGUUCUGGUGGGUUGGAUUGGGAUGGAAGGCGUCGCAGCGACGACGAGCUGUUGCUGCUACUCUGAACCGAUCUGGCGAACAUGGGCAUCGCCAUCAUCCUUCCAUUAGCACCAAACACAGUCAUGAGUUUAAGUCUCCUGUUCGCCGCAGCACCCGCUCCGACUCCCAUUCCCGCACCCCAUCUCGCAGCAGCACCCCGGUUGACCUUGACGACCGACCUCCUUCACGAUCCUCUCCCGUCGGUCGUCCUCGUCGAGGUAGCACAACUCCCUCUACUACCUCGACCACGGAACACAGCCAGAACAAAAAGAAGAGAAGCUCCAAAACACUCCCACGUGGGCUCUCGCCCCUCACACAAGCACAGAUCAGAGAAGGCGUGCGUCCACCGUCGUUUUCAUCAGAUGACUCCAUCAGUGUAAUCGGAGAGAAAGACAAGGACGAAAAGUUUGAAUCUUGA